AUGUUUGCAAAGAAUAGAUCAACCGAGUAUGAAAAUUGGUUUGAAUCAUGCACUGUUGCCCGCACUACAAAACACUAUUUUUUUUUCUAUUUUCAGAAAAGUCCAUCACAACGUUAUUGUCAAGAACAGUUCAGCUUUACAACCGGACAACAGUAAAACAAUUGAAGACGACGUUUUAUUGUUUUUGAGGAAAGCUAUCAGUGAUAUUCGCAGAAUUAAAACUCGCCCACCGAUAAAUCAUGGGAGUGGAUAUGGUAGUGGAAGCGGUGAAGAUAGGAACGAAGGUAGGAACUUUUUAAACAUGAAGCUGAUAACCUAUUAGUUAAUCAACUUAACAGAAAUAUGAGGUUUGAGGACAGAAAUUUACAACAAAAAGAUCGGUAUAGGUUAUGAAAACCUAAAUCUGCACCCCAAUAUUUCGUUUCCGCCAGCGAAGCGACCAGAAAUUUGUCAUCCAUUUUUUAUUGACCUACAAGGGUUGCAUUUAAGGUAAUUCUUCGCCCACCCCAGGGCAGGGUUAAGAUGGAGCUAUUAGUAGGAGUACAACGCGUUUUAUUUUGGUUGCGGAGUGCGAGCUACGAGAUUCGUAGCCUGUCACGCCAUGAUUUCAUUUGGUUUCCUCACUGCCUUGUACCUAGUGGUAGACACUUUGCGAAAUAAUCGAUAUUUCCAAUGGUAUUUACGCCAGUUUAUGCUAGUGCUGUGCAAGUCAAAAUUCCGGCUCCGGCAAGGAAUUUUUAAGGAAAUUUCAUAUUUAAAACUGGAAGCAGGCGAAAGUAUUUCAGUGUAAGGCGAAAGUAUUCCAGUGUAAUUUCAGAAUUGAUCUUUUUUAAACACCUUUUUACAACACUAUUAAUAGUAAACAACAUAGUAAUAUAUAGUAAAACAACAUAUAAAUAGUAAUAUAUUAGUAAACAACAACUUAAUUUUUCCAUUUAAUUCCAAAUGUUCAUUGAAGCAUGAAACAAUUCUUCAUAAUUUUGUCUGCCGGAGUUUUCCGGCUCCGGCAAAAUAUGCCGGGGCUCCGGCACUCCGGCGCACAGCUCUAGUUUAUCCCCACCUUUGUACGGAGAAGAAAUUGUAGUUAAGUUGGUUAUUUUCUUACCAGGUUCUGGAGGAUCAGGUGGGACCACGGAUUCUUUCAGCGGCACAGGUUGUAAUGAUGAUGAUGAAGACUGUUCUGGUGAAUCAAGUGGCGUUGAAAGCAGUAUGUUUUUUUUAUUGUUUUACCUUUAUACAGGGACGUAGCGACCGGGG